AUGGCUAGAGGACCAAAGAAGCAUCUAAAGAGAUUAGCAGCUCCACACCACUGGUUGUUGGACAAAUUAUCUGGUUGUUACGCUCCAAGACCAUCUGCUGGUCCACACAAGUUGCGUGAAUCUUUACCAUUGAUCGUUUUCUUAAGAAACAGAUUAAAGUAUGCUUUGAACGGUCGUGAAGUCAAGGCUAUCUUGAUGCAACGUCACGUCAAGGUUGAUGGUAAGGUCAGAACCGACACCACCUACCCAACUGGUUUCAUGGAUGUCAUCACCUUAGAUGCCACCAAUGAAAACUUCAGAUUGGUCUACGAUGUUAAGGGUAGAUUCGCUGUCCACCGUAUCACCGAUGAAGAAGCUUCUUACAAGUUGGCUAAGGUCAAGAAGGUUCAAUUAGGUAAGAAGGGUGUUCCAUACGUUGUUACCCACGACGGUAGAACCAUCAGAUACCCAGAUCCAAACAUCAAGGUCAAUGACACCGUCAAGGUCGAUUUGGCUUCUGGUAAGAUCACUGACUACAUCAAGUUCGAUGCUGGUAAGCUAGUUUACGUUACCGGUGGUCGUAACUUGGGUAGAAUUGGUACCAUUGUUCACAAGGAAAGACACGAUGGUGGUUUCGACUUAGUUCACAUCAAGGAUUCUUUGGACAACACUUUCGUCACUAGAUUAAACAAUGUCUUCAUCAUUGGUGAACCAGGUAAGCCAUACAUUUCCUUGCCAAAGGGUAAGGGUAUUAAGUUGACCAUCGCUGAAGAACGUGACAGAAGAAGAGCUCAACAAGGUUUAUAA